UGCACAACGCAACGCAACACAACACAAGUCGGAGGAGGGCGGCGUCAAAUACACGGACACGGGCUCGUAGCCGCUCCGCCUCUCCCCGAGAAAGCCAAAGCCGGCGCGAUGGAUCUGCUGAAGCGGGAGCUGGAGAAGAAGCGGAAGGCGGCGACGGACGGCUUCGGGGGGAAGAGCUUUGUACGGCGGUCGGAGCUGGAGCAGAAGCAGCUCCAGAACCAGAAGCGCCACCACGACGAGAAGCGCCAACGCCUCGCCAACGCCGGCGCGCCGGCGCCCUCCUUUGAUUCCGCAGACGCAGCCGCCGCCUCCGACCCCAGCAACCCUGACGCCAUAGCCCAGGCCGCGGCUGGGAACCCUAACCCUAGCUCCUCCUCCGCCGCUGCGGCGGUCUCCGUCCCGCCCGCCCUCGCGGCGAAGAAGACUGCGCAGGAGGAGGCGGUGCUCUCCGAGGAGCGCCGCAUCGACGAGAUUGACCUCCCGCGGCACGAGGUGGUGCGGCGCCUCCGCGUGCUGCGCGAGCCCAUCACGCUGUUCGGGGAGGACGACGCCGCCCGCCUCGAGCGCUUCAAGCUCGUGCUCAAGUCCGGUGUGAUUGACGACAUCGACGACCUCGACAUGACCGAGGGCCAGACCAACGACUUCCUCCGCGACAUGAUCGAGAUGCGCAAGCGGCAGAAGGCCGGAAGGGACACCUACGCCAAGGGCAAGGGUAAGCGUGUUGGCGGGGGUGAUGGUGGCGACGGUGGUGCUGCUGGAGAGAGUGUAGAUGACGGGGACGGGGACGGCAGGAGGAGCGGGGAUGAUGCCGAUGCAGACAAGGACUCCAAAAGGAUGAAGACCAAGUUUGAGGAGCUUUGCAAUGAGGACAAGAUUUUGGUGUUCUUCAAGAGGUUGCUUAACGAGUGGAACCAGGAGUUGGAUGAGACGACAGAGCUUGAGAAGCGGACAGCAAAGGGGAAGUCGAUGGUUGCAACGUUCAAGCAGUGCGCGCGGUAUCUCAGUCCCCUGUUUGAGUUCUGCAGGAAGAAGGUUCUUCCUGAUGACAUCCGCCAAGCAUUGCUCGUUAUUGUUGAGUGUUGCAUGAAGCGUGAUUAUUUAGCAGCAAUGGACCAAUAUAUCAAGCUGGCCAUUGGGAACGCACCAUGGCCUAUUGGAGUCACUAUGGUUGGUAUCCACGAGCGUUCUGCCCGAGAAAAGAUCUACACUAAUAGUGUUGCCCACAUCAUGAACGAUGAAACUACUCGCAAGUACCUUCAGUCAAUCAAGAGGCUUAUGACCCUAUGCCAGCGGCGUUAUCCCGCACUACCAUCAAAAUCAGUGGAGUUCAACAGCCUGGCAAAUGGGAGUGACCUGCAAGCGCUUUUAUCAGAGGAGAAUGGUUCCGGCAAAGCUUCUGAGGAAAGGCUCCGGUUGAUGCCAGCGUCAAAAGAGUGAUGCUUUAAUGCACUGGCCUGGAUCACAAAUAGAAUCUGAGAUCUGUGUGUAACGUUAACCCUAAGUUUUUCCUUUCCUGCCGUUUUGUACUGAGAAAGAAAACGACAGCCGAAUCUUAUAUGUAAUCAAAUUGCUUACAGAGAUGUCGGUCCACCA